AUGAUGAGGGCGCUACUCAUCUCCUUGGUUAGCUGUCUCCUUGCCGUAAAUCAGGCCAUAAUAAUGCACCGCUGUGACGUAGCCAAGUUGCUUCAUAAAGAGGACUUGCAUGGGUUUGAGGGCUACCCCUUGAGUGCCUGGUUGUGCCUGGCUUUUGUGGAAAGCAAGUUCAACGCAUCAAAGAUAAAAGAAAAUGCAGACGGCAGCUUUGACUAUGGCAUCUUCCAGAUCAACAGCCACUACUGGUGCAAUGAUUAUCUGAGUCACUCAGAAAACCUUUGCCACACGGACUGUAUAGAACUGCUGAACCCUGACCUUCUCUCAACCGUCAACUGUGUGAAAAAGAUCGUAUCCGGAGGAGGGGGUUUGAACAACUGGAUAGAAUGGAAGCUGCACUGUUCAGGCCGGCCACUCUCCUACUGGAUGACAGGAUGUCGACUGGCAUGAGCCAGGGUGCAGGCUUACUGUGAAGUUAUUCCAGAACUGCUGCCCUCACCUGGGAAUUCUUGAUUUCUUCUUCCUCUUGCCUCCACUUUAUGUAAUUUUCUUCCCUCCCCAUUUACAAUUAAUACUGACCAGAGCCCCAGGCAUAAAUGGUUCCCUCAGGCUUCCUCCUUGUUCCCAUCCAGGGCCCAGGCGCCUGGUUCCUGAUUGUCAUUUGCAAACUCAGAGGACCACAGUGAAGAAGCUUCUAUAUUUUUAAAAUUAUUAAAGUAUUCCCUAUGGAAAGAAUGUAUUAAUUUAUUCAUUAAUUCCAUGUGUAUUUGAGUGCCUAGUACACUAGGAGUGUGCAAGACCAAACACAACUAUUGCUCUCCAGGUGUUCAUAAUCUAGGAGGAGAAGCAGAGACACACACAAAUAAUUACAAUGGAUAAUAAAAUCUACAAUUAUUAGUUUGAUACAGUAUCAGUAUCCGAGUAAUUCCCCCAAAGUCACCUGUUCUAGAAGUAAAAGAGAAAGUUGAGAAGUAGGUAAUGGGUGGGGCUGAGGGUCUGGUGUAGUGAUGGGAUGUGGAAAUGGUGCCAGGUGCCAAUGAUGUUGGGGUGCUUUGGGAGAAUGGACUAGAAGCUAGGUUUUUAAAGAUGGCUUCUUUGGAUAGAAACCAGUUUGCUUGGAGGGCGCUGAGGUGGAGAGGAACCUGCUUAAGGACAAGGCAAAGGCAGAAAAGGAGCAGGUGGAGGAUU